CAAAUUAUUCCUUCACGAAUUGACGACAAGCUCGUUUAAGAUUUUUAUCCUUAUCGACGGGCUAGAUGAAUUCAAAGGUACUUAUUCGGAGCAAGUCAAGCUUGUCGAUUUCAUCAAAUCAAUUUUAAGUCCGAAUGUAAAGAUAUGUGUUUCCAGUCGGCCUUGGAAUAUUUUUGAAGACGCUUUCAACACCCUCCCAAGUCUUAGGCUUCAAGACAUUACCUAUAAGGACAUUCAACAUUAUUGUGCCUCAAAGCUGUCAGGCAAUCUCGGCUUCGCGGCACUGCAACGUGGGAAUCCCGAUUCAGCCUCUACUCUCAUCAAUAACGUGUCAAUGAAAUCAUGUGGCGUUUUCCUCUGGGUAACUCUUGUUGUUCUAUCCUUGUCAGAAGGUUUGACUGAUGGAGACCGACUUUCGGAUCUACAAAAGCGGCUAGAUUUGCUUCCAUCAGAUCUGGAGGAUCUCUUCUGGAGAAUUUUGAACUCGGUUGACCUAGAAAGGAUUUCGCAGCUAAUUCAAAUUGUGCGAAUCUCACCGGAGUCAAUCAGCAUUCUUGAACUAUCAUAUGCUGACGAGGACGAUCCGAAUUUUAUUUUCAAGAUGCUUACAAGGCCUGUAUCGAUCGCAACGAUUAGUUCAAGAGCUGAGCUUAUGAGACGACGAUUGAAUGCCUGUUGUAAAGGCUUGUUAGAACCUCAAGGGAUCGACUUCAAAACAGAUCCUAACGCUACGGUCGGAUAUCUACACCGUACUGUUAAAGAUUUCCUCCAGAAAAUAGAUGUUUGGGAAAGGCUGCUUCAUGCAACGAGUCCUUCCUUCGAUCCAGCCAUGCGUCUCUCGGUAUCACACGUAGCUCACCUUAAAAUACUACCCACAAAUUCGAGGUAUUGCAUUGGGGCGGAAUACGCCUCCCAAAUGCGGGACCUUAGAGAGUUUUGGAUAGCAGUGAUACAUUGUAUUUGGCUUAUUCUCCGUCACGGCCCUCACGCUACGGAGGUCAAACUUCGUCUCCUAGAAGAAGUCAACGAUAUAGUUGACGAAAUUAUAACCAGGGCUGCCUCGAACAAUAACAGCACCAUGGCACCAGCACUCUAUAGCAAUUGCCCGUCAACGCUCUCUGGAGAGACUAACAUCAGAUCAUUUCUCCACAUAGCAGUGAGACUCCAGAUUGACUUUUACGUCAAUGUACAUGUCAGUGACCUACAAAAGCCAGAUCGGAUUCAAGAGCUCUCCUUUCUCCUUCGCAUAGCGCUCACGGAUUACGAAUGCAAUUGCGACGGAUUCGAAAUUACUGCGCCUAGCUUCUCAAUCGUGGAAUAUCUCCUUCAGCACGGGGCCACUUUGGACGGUACCAACGCUUGGCAUUACAUUCUUGGAAAUAUUCCGCACCGAUCUGAUUUGUUGAUGUUACUUCUUCGCUAUGGAACUGAUCCAUUCGAUAUUCGACUUCGGAGUGGUGGAAAAGCGCUCGAGACGGAGGUGUUAAAAUUAGCGAAGACGAAAAGAGAUGAAGCUAUGAGGAAGGGUAGCAGACUUGGGGGUAGAGAGAAGAGUGCUAUGCCGGAGGCCAGUGAGCCCUUGGAAGACAAGGCGCGAUCAAGGUGGUCUCGGCCGAUCUCGAAAGCUUUUGGGCAAAAGCGGGCAUGAUUAUUGGGUAUAGAGAGAAGGAGGAAGAUCGAAUUGAACUUAUUAGAUCUACAAUGAACCUGAUCUACAAUUUCCAGAACCCUUGAGCUCUAAUACCUCGACGCAUCGGAUCACCAGAUAUGUCCGAUACUGAAAAAGCCGCCAACUACCUACUUUGACACAGCAAAGUAUUCUUGAUACUUCCACGAAAUGCUGAGCUGCAACCUCACGAAUUGAAGAGCCUGAAGCACUAUAUUAACGCCACUGAAGUCCUCAAUUUACACCCGACCAACUUCAGUGGGUCGGUUGGCUAAGGUCAAUAGCUAACUGUCCAACGCGUUGGGUCAUUGGCAGAUGAUCUUGUGUG